GGCAUCGAGAUUUGUUGCAUGGAUUGGUUCCUGAGUAAGAGUUGUUAUGGUGCGGUCACCACACGCCGCACCAAUUUGAGAGCAUCAACUUGCUAAAUUUCACUGAACUUUUCUCAAAGAAUCCAGAAUCCGAGUAGUUUUAUCAGUCACUAUUUGUAUACCACUGCUGUCUGUAUACAUAGCAGUGUACAAUAAAUGAAGUGCUUUAAUUUUUGGGGGUGGAGAGAGGGGUUCAUGUAGGACUCUGGAAACCUUUGUCUUUUUGGUACACCAACAUCAUGGUCCAAUUUCUCAAAGGAACCUCUACCCAGCUUCUAAUGUACAUGCAGUCUUGAACUAAAAUAAAUUAUAUGCAGUUUGCAACACAAAUGAGGAGUGUCCUAAAUUUAAAAACUUAGUCUCAGUGCUGAAAGUUGAUCUCUGAGCCCAGUACACUGAACCUUCACCCGAGGAAGGUAAAAUAUUGAUUCUUAAGGCUACAUUUGCAGAGCUAGAUUUCAACAUCCUGCUGUGAUUAAAAUCAUAUUCCAUAUGUUCAUGGAAGGUGAAAUAAAGUUGUAAUCCCACAAAGACUUAAGCAUAUGCUUAACUGCAUUGAGUACAGUGCAUAAAGUUAAGCACACCUGAGACUUUGUGGAGUUGGGGCGCAAGUCAGACACUAGUAUUUCUACUGCAUGUUUGGUUAACACAAAGUAGACCUUUUAAUUUUAAGGAAGGGUUUGGUUUGGAUAUACAUUGUAAGGGAUACAAACAGUUUUUACAUUGUAGCUCACCUGCAAAAAGCCAGCAGAGAUGAUAAAGUUAUUGUCAUGUGAACCACCAGGUGUUUGAAAAAUCUUCUCCAAGAUGAACUUCUUCCUGGAAACACUCAAAGUCCUGGUGCUCUCAAUAUAUUUCCUGUUAGAAUCUCUAGUGUUGUUGUUUGUUCCUGUGCGAAAGAAGAGUGUUGCUGGUGAAAUAGUACUUAUAACAGGAGCCGGAAGUGGAAUUGGAAGACUUCUAGCAUUAAAAUUUGCCCGCCUUGGAGUCACCCUUGUUCUCUGGGACAUUAAUCAAGAAGGUAACAAGGAAACAAGUAAACUAGCUAGAGAAAAUGGAGCCGUGAGAGUGCAUGCUUACUUGUGUGACUGCAGCAAAAGGCAAGAGAUCUACAGAGUGGCAGAUCAGGUUAAAAAAGAAGUUGGUGAUGUUAGUAUCCUAAUCAACAAUGCUGGUGUUGUAACUGGAAAGAAGUUCAUUGAUUCCCCAGAUUCACUUGUGGAGAAAACCAUGGAGGUGAACACCAUGGCACACUUCUGGACUUGCAAAGCCUUCCUUCCAGCCAUGAUGGCCUCUAACCAUGGACACUUGGUUAGUAUUGCAAGCUCAGCAGGACUGAUUGGAGUCAAUGGGCUAGCAGAUUAUUGUGCAAGUAAAUUUGCAGCAGUGGGCUUUGCAGAAGCAGUUGGUUUAGAAAUGCUGGCUCUAGGGAAAACCGGCAUUAAAACCACUAUUGUGUGUCCUUACUUCAUCAACACAGGAAUGUUUGAUGGUUGUAAAACCAAGUGGCCAUGUCUACUUCCUAUUCUAGAUUCGAACUAUGCAGCUGAGAAAAUUGUGAGUGCUAUUCAACGGGAGCAAGUGCUUCUGCUGAUGCCACGAAGCCUGUACUUUUUAUGUUUUCUGAAAAGUAUUUUACCUGUGAAAAUGGGAAUACUCCUUGGAGACUACGCUGGGGCCUUCCACUUCAUGGACCACUUCAGAGGUCGAGUGAAGAAGGACUGAAAAUAAAGAAUGAAAAUAUCCAAUACUAGCAGUUCUAAAUUAAUGGACCAGUUUAGAGUUUAAAAAAUGGCCUGGUGUUUCAGCUGCACAGAACUUGCCUUCUGUAUAACUGUGCCUCAUGCUUUUGUUAAUUAACAGUUUUAAUCAACAGUUUCCAACAAGAGCUGUCUCUCCUUCAUUCCCUGAAUAGCUAUCCUCGAUGUGAUGCCUGUCAUAAUCUCUUAUCCUUAUUGAAUGAGUAUAGGUAUCCAUUUCACAAAGUAAUCACAAUUGGCACCUAUGUGGGUAUUCUCAAUUAAGAAACAGGGUGUAAUGGGCUGGGAAGCUAAAUUGACUUUGCAUGCUUUCAAGAUAGUCCCCUCCAGAACAAUAUUGCUGUGAGGGCUGUCUGAGAAAGCUUAUCUUUGUCAUUGCCUUUACUGUUCAGUUGAUGAUUGGAAGUAUUUAACUUUCAAUUUCCUGAGCUGUUCGGCAUCUUUUACGAGCACUAAAAUUCACAUUCAUAAAAUUAAGUAAAAUGGCAGUUGUACACACUGAAAAUAUUUUCCGUACCUGUGAUGUUGAUUCACUAAUCAAAUACAUCUGUAGGGUAAUAAUCAAUUUACUAUUAACAUCUGUGGAAAAGAUUCCAAUAGCCAAUGAUUAUAGAUGUAUCCCUUCCAGAGAUGGGCCGAUAACAAUUGAACAUGCUUGUCUGAUUACAAAUGUUAACUUCUAAAUAAAUGCCCAUAUUUUUA